UAGUCCAACUAAACCACACAUCCUCUUGUAAUCUUCUCAUUGUUCUUCUCUCCAUCUUGGCCCCCUUGUAAGAAUACACANAAAGCAGUUACUGGGUUGGAUGCACCGUAAGCUCAUGCAGAAUAGUACAGAGCCUCUGAAAAACGACUCUACCGAUCAAAGAUCCACAAAUGCUUUUGAGCCUGCAAACGAGCCCUUUGACUUCCUCUCAAUCGGCACAUUUGGCACCGAUCUUCUUCUCCACACGGCCCCACCAACUCCGACACUCCUCCCAACUCCAGUCGAGCCUUUGACCGGUCAACCGAUCGAUAUCAACGAAAACGACCUCGACCUCAUAAGCCAAGAGCUGGAAAAAUUUCUCGAGUCUGAGGAUGCGGAGACUGUACACAACUCGUCCGAGAGGAGCAGCAAGGCUAGUGUGAUAACUAUUAACGAUCAAGGUAAUUUACAGAUAUGCCCUCUUCAGAAGUAUCUAUUGGCUGCCCCUGUAGAGUUGGCCGAGAUGGGUCGUGAGGAGGUGAAGAAAACGAGGACUUCCCUUGAGGAGCUGUUUAAGGAGGGAAAUGAUGGUCCUCUGUUGAAGAAAGGUGAAGGAGUGGGUGGGAAAGGGAAUGUGGCUCGUCUGGUGAAGAAGUUUGUGAAGAGGUUAAGUCACAAAUCGAGUGAUGGAACUGCUGGAUUUAAUGAUGAUGAUGAUUAUGAUGGUGCUGUUUUCCGGCCGACAAAGAAGAAAUUGACUAAGAAGCUUGUUAAAAUGUUUAAUAAGAAGGUUUAUCCUGAGGAGAUGGCCGAGAAGCAAAUUUUGAAAGUGACGAAGAGUAACGAGAAGAAGAAUUACAACUGCAGUAAGGAGAACCAUCUCAUUGGCCAUAACAAUGAUGAUCAAUCAGCCAGUAUCAACAAGAGUAAAAAGAAUACCAUAGGACUAUUCUGCACUGGAUUUGGCAGAGGCUCUUCCCCUGUAAAUGCAGGGCAUUGGGUUAAAACAGAUUCUGAUUACUUGGUCUUGGAGCUAUAGAAGCAGAAAGACCGAGAGCAAGAGCAAAAGCAAGAAGCCUCAUCCUCUUUAAGCUCCAGCGUGGAGUUUGCUUGUGUGGUUUUUGCAUGUUGGCAUGAAUUUCGCAAUAAAGUAAACGAAUAUAAUAUCAUAUAUCCUGCGUAUGAUUGUAUAAUGUAUGUUGGUGUUUUUUCAAGACUUCAAAUCAGCUGCAAAGACAUAAUCCUGCAUAUUAAUUAAUAUCAAGUGCCAAAGCUAUUUCUGUUGGACAUAACAAGUGAUUGUGUUGAAAUUCAUGUGCCAAAAGUAUUGCUUUUUAUUGCCAGGUACAUAGUAUAUGAAUUACAGUGCAUUGCUA